GCCCUCUCCUCCCCUCCUUCUUUCUUUUCCACCACGCUCUUUCGCUGGGACGACAUGUUGUCGGUCCUCUUUACUGCUUUCUUUGCAUUUAGCGCGUCAGUGGCUGCGCAAAAUGUUUCUGUGGUUUGCAUUGCUGGGCAAUGCCUCGAGGGAUUCACUAACACUACCAUUGGCGCUACGCUAUCAGCUCCGGGAGCUCAAACCGACGUGAUUCUUCUCCCAGAUACCUACUCGUCCACAUCGAACCCCGAGCUCCUCCACAACCUCCUCACCGCAUCAUCCGCAUCACUCUCCCCCGCCACCGGCUUCUCCAACUCGAGCGGCCAGUCGUCCGUUUCGCUCCCCCUAACACUCGCCCUUCAGCCAGGCAUGGCCAUCUACCCACAGGCCCUAUACUCAGGCCAAGCCCAGUUCUCGACGCUCCCCAGCACCCCACAAACAAACACCUCCAUCCCCUUCAGCGCCAGCUCGCUCUCACUCGCCCCCAACGUCUGGGCCGCCGUCUCCGCCGGCUCGUCCAGCACCCGCGUCAUCCUCUGGUCUUCCGUGCCCGACACCGCCCAGCUGCCUACCACCGCAUCCGGCUCGCUCGCGCUGCUCGACAUGCAGUCCGCGUCUUGCUCCCCGCAGUGCUCCGGCAACGGCGUGUGCUCCGCCUCUGGCACCUGCACCUGCCCCGCGGGCUUCACCGGCUCCUCGUGCGAGUCGUGCGUGUCCGGCCACUUCGGGCCGCAGUGCGCGGCGUGCCCCGCAGGAUGCACGGAGUGCGACGAUGGGAUCAACGGCUCGGGUGUGUGCGCCGCGUUCGCGGUGAGCGAUCCGCCGGCGAGCUGUAAUUGCGUGAACGGGGAGUGCGGGAGUAAUGGACAGUGCACGUGUUUGCCGGGAUGGACGGCGGCGUCGAACGGGACGCAGUGUGCGCAGUGCGCGUCGGGGUAUUUUUUGGACUCGUCUGGGAACUGCGAGAUCUGCCAACUUGGCUGCGCGGAGUGCUCGGAUGGCACGGGCGACUGUAUCUCCUGUGCCUCGGGCUUCACCCAGGACGCGAACGACAAGACCAAGUGCGACUCCACGGGCCAGACGACGUCGAGCGGCACCGCGUGCCCCGACGGGAGCUUCAGCGCCGGGUCGUCGUGCCAGGCGUGCUCGCCAUCGUGCCAGACGUGCCACGGGUCGACGUCGAACGACUGUAUCAUCUGCGCAACGGGCACGUACUCGCUCGGCGGAAACUGCGUGCAGACCAACAGCGGCGGUGUGUGCGCGGGGACGAGCAUGAUCGCCAACAAUAACAAGCACGAGUGUGACACUUGCCCGUCGAAGUGCACCUCGUGCCAGAUCAGCUCGUUUAGUGCCGCGUCCACGAUCAACCAGGCCCAGUGCACGGGUUGCCUGCCUGGUUACGUUCUUUCUCAAGGCCAAUGCGUUGAAAGCUGCCCGUCGGGGACGUUCCUGUCGCCCACGGACAACCUGACCUGCACCGCAUGCAGCUCAUCCUGCGGCACCUGCGCCGGCUCCGCCUCCUUCUGCCUCACCUGCACCAACAACCAGAUCGCCGCGAACGGCACGUGCGUGAACACGUGCCCGUCCAACACCUUCAGCGCCUCGGGGCGCUGCAUCGCGUGCCACCCGGACUGCGCGACGUGCGCCGGCGGGUCGUUCGACCAGUGCACGAGCUGCGCGAAGACGCUGCCCGUGCUCACCAGCGGGCGGUGCCUCGCGACGUGCAGCCAGAAUCAGUACCUGGACGGCACGUCCGCGGCGUGCGAGGCGUGCGAUAGCAGCUGCGCGAGCUGUUCUGGGCCGGGGCCGAACGCGUGUCUCGCGUGCAGCAGCAGCAGUAAUGUUCUGCGCGGCGGGGCGUGUGUCGCGGCGAACUGCACGGGCGGGGCGGGCGUGGUGAGUGGGCUCGGGGCGUGUUUGUCGGAGCUUGUGCUCGUGCCGAGUAACACGUCGAGCGGGGGGUCGAGUGCGCCGCUGCCGAGCAUCACGGGGAUAUCGUCGCCGACGGUUGUGAGUAGCAGCUCGGGGCGGCUGCAGUGGUGGGAGAUACUGCUUAUGGCGCUUGGGUGCGCGUUUAUUUUCCUGGUGGUGGUGAUGUGCUGGCGCCGGCGCGCGAGGAAGCAGAGGCAGAAGGCGACGGCGGCGUUUGCGAGCGCGAAGCAGCUGGAUAGGAAGGAAGGGUGGCGGUGGAAGCUUAUCCGGUUCGGCGAGCGGCUUAUGGGUGGUGGUGGUGGCGACGCGCAGAAGCACGCGGACGCGGGCGAGAUCGCGCUGUGGAAGAUGCGCGCGGCGGAGGAGGCGCGGCAUAAUCAGUAUCGCGAGCGCGAGAUGGAGAAGAUGAUGAUGAGCGGCGGCGGCGGGUACGCGCAUUCGCACUCGCACGCGGGCUCGAGCCGCGGACCGUCGCCCCUGCCCUCGCUCUACGAAGGCCGGCACGGACACGACGGCACCAAGGAGUGGUACGAUGAGGCGUUCGAGCGCGAAUACGACGCGCCGCCAAACGACCACCGCUUCUCGUCGCACUCGGUGUUCUCGCAGGUGACAGGGGUGCCGCGGAGCGGGCCGGAGCCGCGGCAGCCGGUGCGGACGAACCCGCUGACGUCGCGGUUCAGCACGACGACGCUCGGGACGUCGUCGGGCGUGUCGCGCUCGGCGGGGGAGCGGAACAAGAGCAAGCGCAAGACGCCGUCGCCGCGGGCGCCGAGUGUUGCGCAGGAGUACGCGAUGUCGGUGCGCAAGGGGUCGCCAUCGCCGCGGUUGCUGCAGAAACCCUUGGUGCCGACGCACACGGGCGACUCGGGGUCAAGGAAUCCGUUCCGCCAGUGAUCGUGAUUGCUUUGUCUCUUGUUAUGGGUUAUCGAGGACACGUUUCGCACCGCAUUGUG